AUCCGAGGAGACCUUCAGGUUCGUCUGAAGCAACAGCUGCAGUUAACUCAACCAUCAUGAAGGCUUUCCUCGCGUCUGCUGCGCUCUCUGCUCUCACCGCCGCCUCGGCGCGUACCUUCACUGUGUACAAUGGCUGCCCUUUCACUAUCUGGCCCGCCAUGUUCACCGAUUUGAACGUCGGGUCCGCGGUCCCCAACUUCCAGACCGGAUGGGAAGCAGCUGCCUAUACCCACGUCACUUUCACCGUCCCUGACAACUGGAAGGCCGGUCGUAUCUGGGCUCGCCGUAACUGCGACUUCAGCACCAACCCGGGCCCGAACUCCUGCCUUGACGGUGGAUGCAACGGCGGUCUCCAGUGCGACCCUCACACCGGCACUGGUGUCCCUCCUGCCACUGUGGCGGAGUGGACUCUCGAGGGCGACGGCAACCGAGACUUCUACGAUAUUUCCCUCGUUGAUGGCUACAACCUUCCUGCACGGAUCUCCAACAACAAGGGCUGCCCCGUCGCCGACUGCCCGGUCGAUCUCGGACCUAACUGCCCCGCCCCCCUGAAGGGUCCCUUCGACUCCUCCGGCUUCCCCGUCGGCUGCAAGUCCGCCUGCCAGGCCAACCUGGACGGCAACCAAGCGAACUCAGCGAACUGCUGCUCCGGCUCGCACAACACGCCCGCUACGUGCCCGGCCUCCGGCGUCCAGUACUACGACUACUUCAAGAGCAACUGCCCCAACUCCUACGUCUAUGCUUACGACGAGAGCAGCGGCACCGCCCUCUGGACUUGCGACUCCGGCCUCAAGGCCGACUACACCCUCACCUUCUGCCCAUAAGGGAGCCGCAGCUUUCCUUCACCAGCGGUUAGGAGAUGAUGCUCGGAGUUGGGCGAUGAUAAACAGUUCCUCGGAUAUUUUCUUUGGUGUCUGUGUUACGAAGUAAUGAGAAAUAAUUCCAUGUACUGUUGUACUUCAGACCAAUGAUAGGGUUUUGUGUCGUAUCA